AAUAGUAGUAGGGGCCUUUUUUCUCUGAUCAUCCUCAAGACCGCCCUGUUGAAAUCGAUGAUAAGGUCCCAAUGCUCUUCUCCAACUCUGAUGAAAUUGAUGAUUUCUUGUUGAAAUCGAUGAUGUUGUGAUGGAAUUGUGUGCUGAUUUCAUCUGAUGGUCAGAUGUCUUUAUGAAAAUUUUGAUGGUUUGAUUAUGUUGAAAUCUGAUGAAAAGUUUGUUGCUGAAAAAUAGCUUGGUUUGGUUUGGUUGCUGAAGUUAGAAGUUUAGAUUGGACGGGAGAUUGUUGGGUAGGAGUAACAAGUCAGUGAGUGAAUCACAGUGUGAAAUUACAAUCUUUGUUUCUGUUUCUUGUUAUUCCGGCGGCUAACCCGAAAAACCGACGUUAAUACGGUUAUCGGGUUGUUUGGGUAAUAACCCGAAAAAACUUCCCGAUGCUCACCCUUGGACCCGACCCGAACAUGAAAAACCUAUUAUGCUAUUUGCAGGAAUCUACUGUUGAGCGGCUUUUCUAUUGGGGAAUCAAACAGCCUCGCUUCUACGCUUUCAUCCCCGGUGAUUUAAACACAAGAGUUGUCAAAAGCAGAAUAUCCCACCAAUUUCAAUUUCACGAAGGGUUUUUCAUCUACAGAUUUUCUUCAAGAUACUCGAAGAUGCAAUUGACUCUUGAAUUCGGUGGAGGACUAGAACUUCUUUGUGACAACGUGAAGAUCCAUAGCGUCGAUGUUGACCUACCAGCUGAAGAAAAGAAGUUAACCAUGAAGCACUUGCUUGCUUGGGUUCGCUCCAAUUUAAUCAAAGAGAGACCCGAAAUGUUUAUGAAGGGAGACACUGUGCGACCUGGAGUUCUUGUUCUUGUGAAUGACUGUGAUUGGGAAUUGAGUGGCCAACUUGAUACAACCUUGGAAAAUAAGGAUGUUGUAGUGUUCAUCUCUACUUUGCAUGGGGGAUAGUUGAAAUGUUUCCAUAUGUUUAUUUUUUGGCGACAAUGAAUGUUAUAAAGUAUUUAUCAAUGUAGUAAACUGAGUUUUGAUUAAAAUCAAAGUUGUAACCUUCACUUGUUAUGAUGUCACUGUGUUUAAGAAUGUGUAAACUUGAGUUUUGAUUGUUUAUGCUAAUGAACAAUGGUUAUGAAGAUCUUAUUACAAAGAGUGUAUUUUUUGCAACCUACUUGUGAUAAAAACUG